CGCCCGCCUCAGUUCAACGAGACGGGAGCACGGUAUCGGAACACUUGGCGACCAUCGACUUACGCCUAACGAAUCGCUCCAACGUGACGGACCAAGUGUUAACGACAUAUUUGACGUGUAAUUGUGACUUGUGUUUUGUGGAUUUACGAAUCUCUUGAUAUCGAUAUGCAAAUUAAGGCGUGACACACCGGGUUGACAGGAAUCAAUCCUCACGAUGUCGCAGCCACCAGGCCGAGGUCGCGCUCGACCUCCAGGGCCUCCUUCCCCUUUGCAUUACAGACCUCCGUCACCCUGGGCUCCCAGCCCCCCACCCUUGAUAUCUGGACCUAGGCACUCAUCAGCUAUAGUUACACCUCCACCGGUCCAGCCUUCUCCGAAACCGUUCCGUCCAUUAAAUUCGCCUCACUUACGACAGCCAUCAGCGUCACCGAGCUCCCAUUUUUCAAUCUCGCCCUACCCUAUGUCCCCCACACUGGGGCAGAGUCCUGAAUACUAUUACUCCUCACCAUACGAGACCGUUCGAGAGUAUGAUUACGCAGGAGUUCCGCUGGAACCGCCUCCGCCACCACGACCCAUGAUUUAUGAGGAAGAUGAGGAAAGAGGGCCAUCGACCGCAGAAAUUAUUGCCAAUCAAUCCCAAGAAGGAUACGUGGACGAGAAGCUUGCAGAGUACCAAGCCACUAUUCAGCUAUUACAAGGAGACGUUUCGAACCUCGCUCCACACCCACGGCUUUUGAUUAGUUCGAGAUAUCGUCAAUAUUUUUCUCUGCAAAAAGUGUCGUAACACUUGGUGAUAAGGUUCAAACUGUACAAAGAGAAUGUAGAUAAGCCGGACGGGUUCAAGGAACUGUACAUUGCUAAUAUCUGCCAAGUCCUUAGGGCGCGCUUCCUAUUGAAAUAAUACAAAUAUU